ACCGGCUCGAAGCACCGUCCUUCCUUCACUAACUGUGUCACAACCAGGCAACCGAAGAAGCAAGUCAUCCUGACUGCGUUUUAUUCCUAUUGUUGCUCUCACGGAGCCAUACUAUUGGCCGCCUCUCAGAAGGUGCAGUCACACAUUAAUAGUGCAAGGUAGGCGCCUUCUUCUUGUUGCCACUUUUGCUUGCGUCGGACACUUUCGCUCCCUCCGACUCCUUCCGACAAAAGCACACAUGGAUCCUCACAACACGAACGCGGAGGCGAAGAAGACCAUCCUGAGCCACGCUAAGACUCUGAGGCUGCACACGGGGAAUUUAGUGAACAGAACCCGCUUGAAGAAGAAAUGUCCGUGCUCGCCAAGCGAGGAGCUUCAAGAAUGCAUUCAAGCUACAUUGAGCAGCUGGUUCUCUACUAUAGAAGCCCCAACUGAGGAUUUACCGGACACACUGGACUGCAAUAUGGCAAAGGCCACAGAUGCUGUCAUACCUGAGGAGAGGGAGGAGCUUAAGGUGUCAGCCAAGCUGUUCCUCUUCGAGUCGGGUCAGUCGUCCAUUCAAGAUGCAGUGGAGAUGGCUUGUCAGACGCUGGCCGUGUCGCAGUUGGACUCUGUUAUCAUCGCACCGCGAAGACUCCUCGGAGACGAGCAAACGCUGGUUCCGCUUCAGCCGGCAUGGGAAGAGCUGGAAGCGCUCGUCCGCAGCCAGAGAAUCGCUGCCAUCGGCACCUCUGACCUGGACAAAGACUUGCUGGAACAGCUCUACAACUGGGCUCAGGUCAAGCCCAGCAGCAACCAAGUGAACCUGGCGUCCUGCUGCGUCAUGCCCCCCGAACUGACUGCUUUUGCAAAGGAGUUUGACAUUCAGCUGCUCACACACAAUGAUCCCACAGAGUUGAUAUCAGCGGCCACCUUCCAGGAGGCGAUGCAGGAGGGAACUCAGAAUGUGAGCACAGGCAACUGGAAGCUCGAGUGGCUCCUGCGCUACUCCAUUAUCGUCAAGAGCCGUGGCAUCAUUAAGGCCAUGGGCUACCUGUUCAGCGCCAGGAAGGCCGAACUCUAGCGGGAUGCGAGUUACAGCUCUGCAAAGUAAUCAACUGGAAACCUGUCCAUCACAUAUUUACAGUCAUAUACUUUCAGAGAGUUUGCGUGAGGGGUUUUGCAGGAGUGCUUUUGAGCAGAAUCACUUUGGGCAGGAAAAAGUAUGUUCAUUACUUGCAAAAACCAUCGAAUAUCCAGCUUUUCUGUGGAUUUCAGAAAAAAAUGUGAUAACUUUUACAAGAAAACAGCAUUUAGACCUCCUGUUCACAUUGUGAAUUUUGACAUUCAGCUUCUCAUUGGAGUAGGGCAAGCGAUACACAUUGUGAUCACAACAGUAUGGUUGGUUAAAGUAACUACCGUUGCCUUGUGACUUGUAGCUUUACAUGUAAUGUGUUUUCCUCUAUCCUGUUCAAAUGUGAAGUGCCUUGCAGCAGCUGAUCAUUUUGUCCUCAUACCUGCUCAUAUCAUCAAACCUUCUAUAUAUCAACAAGAAAGCAAGAGGUGAAAGUUUAUUUUUCCUACUCAUUUGUAUUUUGUGGAAAGAGAAAUGGCUUAUAAAAUUCAGAUUUUAUUCAGAUUGUAGAUUUCUGACUAAAUCGCAUUCCCUAAUGUUGAAAAAAUGCACUAAUUCAGAUGUUUUACUAUAUUGUAACAUUACUGAUUUGGAUAGGUUUACUCACUAGUAAUUUGACAUGAGAUUAAAAACACUUUGAGAUUAACGUGAGCCUGUUUUUUUUUUCUUCUAGUGCAACGGAGAUAUGCCAUUGACAUAUUUUUAUAAGGUGUUUUUAUUUAUAAAUCAAAACGCACGAGCUAGCAAAUUGCUUGAAAAUAAUAUCUGAUGCACAAGAAAUAUCUGUACUGUCAUUCAUGUGUAUGUCAUAAAUUGGCUUGAUUAAAAAUGCAUUUUA